UUUUCAGAUGCAACCUGGUCGUUGAAAAUAACGCAGUUGCAAAACUAUAUUGACAAAAUUAAACUGAGACAAGAUAUUGUCUCCGCAUACACGGCUUAUAGAUUUCCUGAUAGACAUAAAGACGUUGUAAUUGUCGUGGCAGUUCGACACACACACAUUGAGAGUGGAUUGAAGGAGGUACUCGAAGAAAUGAAAAUAAAAUACAAAAUCGAUUAUUUGGUUAAAACACCAGAAUUCGUAAAAUGUACCGACACAAAGGAACAAACAAACAAGGAAGUUACGGAUAGUGAAAUAAAAAGACUCACUACUUGCAUUCAAAAGAAUGCAGACGGUUUAUUGUCAAAACACAAAUAUCUAACAAUUGUUCAAGGAUAUUUCAUUAACGUAAACAGUACUAAACAUAACAAUUCAGUUAUUUACGAACCACGCCUUGUUUUGUACGUUCUUGCAAAAGGCUUUAUUCCAAUUGACGAGUAUCCUUUUGACUCUCAAUAUGAUGGUAUAAAAACAGAAGUUCGUGAAGGAACUUUUCAACUAUUUGGAAAUCAAGCCAAUGAUAUACAAGACAAUAUUCGAAUGGGUUGCUCAAUCCAAAGAGUAAUAAAUGGUAAACCAUAUAUUGGAACACUUGGCGUAUUUUUCGAACAUCAACAACACGGUCUUUGUGGAAUCACAUGUGGACAUGCAAUACUCUCACCGGAAGAACAUAUUAAAUUCAUGACAAAGCAAGCAAACGUUGAUAAUCUUCAAAACAACAUUGUAUUUCAACCCUCUGAACCAAAUGUACUCGGCCAAGUUGUGCAAGUGAUUAGCUCAUUGGGCGACAUCUUCAAUUCAGGGAAUGAUAUAGCAGUAGUAAAAAUUGACAACAGACACCCAGUGAAUGGAAAAUUGUCACAACAAAAACAAGAAACAAAAGAACAAGAGUUUGAAUAUACAUCUGGAAGAGUAUUCACAUCCAACAAAUACCAAGGCGUUUGUUGCAAGUUCGGUAGAACAACAGAAUUUACUAAAGGAACUGUUGAACUUUUUGUUGGUAAUGUAACAAAGACUAUUGAAAUGCACGGUACAGAAGUAACGUAUAGCAACUUAAUAGUCGUAAAUCAGCUAAACGAAUGCGAGUUUGCUUGUCCAGGUGAUUCUGGUGCCCCUGUUUUCGUCAAAGAUGGUGACGGUGAGAAUGUAUGUAUCGGGCUUUUACUAGGAGGAAUACCAGGAUGCGGUCCGUAUUAUGUUAUACCAAUUGAGAAGAUACUGAACGAUAUUGGUAUAACUAAACUGAAAUCGUUUUCCCCAAGUAACGCCGAACUUGGAAGGUCCAUCGAAAAAGUUGAGCAGAACAUAAAUAAGAAAAUCGAUAAACUUGAGCAAAAAAUUGUUGAAUUGCUAUUGAAACGUUCGACAUAACAGUUGCAGUUGGCAAUUUUGGAUAUCAUUACCGGUUUUGCAAAGGAACUACACGUCAUAAUUUCGGUGUUGGCAUGCUGCGAAGUCAAUAUCGUUAAGAGACUAAAUACUUACUAUAUGGUUGUAUUGUUAUUGUUAAUGACAAAAGCCAAAUGCGCUAAAAAUUAUAAAUCAACAGUGUACUCUCACUUCAUGUGUUUAAGAAGUAAACAUUAAAAUGAUAACAAUACACAUUAUGUACAUCUAGGUAUAAUAUGCAUGUAGUUCUGACACGGCGUGAAUUUCUACUUGAAAUAUAAAACACGUCUGAAAAAAGAAGACACUAUUGUUUUUGUAAAGGUUCGAGCUAUACAUGGAUUUUCGUUACAUUCAUUUUUCCGCUGUUAAUAUCGGUAUCUUCGUGUUGCAUCACAAUCAACUUACAUGUUAUAUGGUGUUACAAAAUCCAUAAUUUUAACAUAAAUCUUUAACGCAUUGGUCCAAGUAAUAUAAACGUUCAGCAAAACAAAAUAUGUAAAAAUAAAACUGUUGUUUUGGCUUAAGUAUCACUAGCCGAUGUUAAUAACUUCGCAAUAGAAAGAUUUUCAAUUAGCCUGAUUAGAAGCUUGUGGUCAACAAAUUCAACUUAUUUAUAAGGGACAUGUUUUAAAUAUAACAUUUACGUGGACAGUAAUGUUAAACGAUUUGUGAUCCAAAUUUUAUCAGCAAUGAUCUA